AUGCUCAUCACCGAGACUUUCCACGACGUUGAAACUUCGUAUGGCUCCAAAUUGAGGAUUUACACGUAUUCUCCCAAGAUUUCAGGCUACCCGAAUGCCAAAUUUCCGGGCGUUAUCUGCUAUAGCGAAAUCUACCAGGUCACCGGCCCUGUGAAGAGAUUUGCCCAGAAGAUAGCCUCCGAGGGCUACGUGGUCGUUGCGCCCGCGAUAUACCACAAUUUUGUCGGGCCAGAGCCCCUAGCGUAUGAUGCAGAGGGCACCGAUUUGGGCAACGACUUCAAAAUCAAAAAACCCUUGGCGUCGUAUGAUGAGGACAACAAGUUGUGCUGCGACUACUUGUACUCACUACCCCAGUUUGACGGUAAAAAAAUUGGUGCCACAGGAAUGUGCCUUGGUGGCCAUCUGGCGUUCAGAGCGCUGCUCGACAAGCGCGUCACGUGCGCGACCUGUUUCUUCCCCACCGAUAUACAUUUGAAGAGCCUAGGCUUGGGCAAGAACGACGACUCGUUGGAACGCGUUUCCAAAGAGGCAGCGCCGAACCAGGAAUUGGUUUUGAUUUUCGGGACCCACGACACCCACGUCAGCCCGGAGGGCAGAGACCUUAUCCGUAAAAGUUUGAGAGAUAACGCUGUGAAUUUCACAUUCUUGGAAGUCCACGCGGCCCAGCAUGCUUUUAUCAGGGACGAGUUCAGCAAAGGUCGCUACGAUUCUGCCAUCACGCAAAGCUGUCUGGGCUUCCUGUUCGAACAGUUUAAUAGAAAACUAAAAAUCGACCUAGGCGAGUUUGUUAGCGAAAAGGAAGCCUUGAAGCAUGUGUGCUAG